AUGAAAAGAAGUGGAAAACAGUCUGAUAAUGGUCGUGGAAUCAAUACUGAUAAAGUCGAAUAUUAUAAAGAAACUGAACAAGAAGUUACUGAAGAUAAUUCAGAUGAAGAUUUCCAACCAAUUAUGUCUAAUCUAACUUUUCAUAUACGUAAAGAAAACACGCCUGCUACUGCUAGCUCAAGCUCCAUAAUAAUCAACCCCAGCUCUUCAGCAGUCAAACCAAGCUCUUCAGCAGUCAAACCAAGCUCUUCAGCAGUCAAACCAAGUUCUUCAGUAGUUGAAUCAAGCUCUUUAGUUGCUGAAUCAAGCUCCUCCAAUUCAAAUGUUGCCAAUUCAAGCUCCCCAGUUUCUGAACAAAUUAAACAAGUGAUCACAAUCAAAACGACUAUUCAAAAUAUUUGGAAUCAGGAUCAUGUACGACCUUUAUACGAUUUAGUCGACAAUGUCAAUAUACUAGUUUUACAUACUUAUAGUUUCUCAAAAUACAUAUUUUUGGAGGAGCUAAAGAAUAGCAUUGACUUCAGCUUGGCAGAUUUUGUAACAAAGGAGUUUUUCGUAGAGGUGUUUCUGGCUCUGAUCAUUCGUCGUAAUGUUCCUGGAAAGGUAAAAGAUAGAACCGCUAUCUAUCGUGAAUUGAUAUCUCGUCACAAAUCAUCGUAUUUUGAAGAUGCUCAAUACUCCGUUUGA